AGUGUUGGAAAAUGCAUGCGACACGUUCUGGACGGGCCUACAUGUAUCUUCAAAGCGGCCUGCAGUCCAAAAACGCUUUGGGGAAUGUGGUCCCUAGAUUGCAACAAUUUCGACGUGGCAACGGAGAUGCGACCGUCAUCAGCUGAACUCUGAGGUUCAUAUGCGUUGCCGUUCACCAACACGCACUUCCGCCGUUUACCCCUCUCUCUAUUUAUAUCUUCACAGCGCAAUGGGCUCGGUCGCACCCACCGAUAACGGUCCCCCACCAGAAUUGCUCCCUCGCAUUCUAUGUCGCGUCGCAUUCACAAAUCCCCGUGACUUCCUCAACUGCCUACUAGUAUGCAGGGCAUGGAGCUCCGCUCUCUCGGCGAGGGAGCGCUGUCUGGUUAAGCACAGGUUUUCCGAAAUCGAUGAUCUUGAACGGGCCGGGCAGAUCUUCCGCGAUGAUGCUCGCGAGGCGAGCUUGGACACCAGUGCGUACGCCAUAUGGGACCAGCUGGACGUUGCCUUCUUGACGGCCGGCCAUGGAUUCCUUUCGCCUAUGCAGCUCGACCUUCGUGAUGGUGUCGAGCCUCCCAAGUACUAUGCAAACGCGCCACAAGAGGAGGCUCGGUGGUCUGCCCUGAGUGCCGACAUCGACUUGCUCGCUGGCCCCCUCCAUGUUGUCAGCUUGGCUUCAAAAAACGAAUUCGCUAAACCUGAUGGGAGCAAAGGCUUCGUGCGCCGCCAGUAUACCGGAGCUAUGUCAUGCCCGCUACUGAUGCCCCCCGUUCCUGAGCUGGAUGCUCUGGAUGUGCUUUCCGAUUCGACUGCUUCCAUUAUGCUAGCAUUACGGCUGCGGGUGUCACCACACCUUCGCGACUACUACAGGAUCAAAAGAAUAUCGCUAGCCGAUGAGGAGGCAACCACAGCAUACCUCAUUCAUCUGUUUCAAUGGCUUUACGAUGCCGACAUGGACGAGUUUUGUUUUGAAAAUGACGAGCACAGGCUGUUGCUUUCGGGGCUUUAUCAAGCUUUGAAGGACAAUAACAUCGUGGAAUUGAUUGAUGUGGACCUACCUGAAGGAACUCACGAGCAUGCUGACGCACAUGGGGGAUGGGAUGGAAACCUCUGCUUCUUCGUGCUGUGCCGAAGAGAAGAGCCCGGGCGCAACGUGGUGGGAUGGAUGAUGUUCAAUAGUUAUCUUCCCCUUCCGUACGAUCUGAGACAUUAUUGAUGCUAGCUGGAGUCCAAUGUUACGACAUGCAAACGCAGUUCCAUAUGCAAAGGACUUCAAUGGUAUUGAGAGGAAAUCGUUCAUCGCAAGAUAUAAAGCAGACAAGU